AUGUCGGAAGAGAAGGAAGUUAAGCUUUGGGAGGACGACACGGAGAAGUCUUACGAUCAACCAGAAACUGCCAGAAGUCAAGAACAAAAACGACGAAAGAGACGUAGACGACGAAACCAUCAAGAGCUUCAAGAGAAUCGUGGCUAUUUGAAAUCUGAGGAUUUCAAGCAAAAGAUCGCAACUUUGAAAGAAGAAUUGAAAAACUUGCAAAAACGCUCAGACGAAAAAUCGAAGCAACAGGCCUCCGAAUCGAACGAGAAUCUGACCAAACAGUUCGACGAAAAACUAGAACAAGCGAAGAAGAAACUUGCGGAGAAAAACGGAGAAAUUAAAAAUAUCAAAACUCGCGCAAAUGACAAAAUAUCCGAACUCACGCAAAAUAAUUCUUCGCUUCAAAAAACAGUCGAAGAACUUCGAGAAAAAUUGAAGUCGACGGUUGAGGCAAAUGAGACAAAAGUUUCAGAACUUGAAGAUAGAAUUACUGGAGUGACGAAUCUUUGCUCAGAGCUUGAAAGGGAAAAGUCUGUUGAGGUUCAGAAAACUCUUGCUCAAAAAGAACUUAUUGAACAGGACGACAUCAAACAGCUGUCACUCGAGCUCGAGGAGACUAAAAUCAAGCUCGUAAAAAAGGAUGUAGAGGAGAAAUCAGCGCCAAAGGCUCAGCCGGUCGGAUUUGCGGAUGAGCUGAAGGACGAGAUCAAAAGUCUCAAGGCGACGCUUGUCACAGUCAGGAGGGAGAAAGAAAAGCUCAAGCAGCAAAUCGACGCGAACAACGAAGAGCACAGGAUAAAACUAGAAUCAGUAAAGAUUUCAGCGGAUCAGCAAAAAAUCGACUCCGAAAACCGAGCCAACGAAAAAAUCGCAGAAUUCGAAGCCGAAAUUGCCCAAAUGCGAGAACGAAGUCAGAAGAUUCUGGCUGACAAGGAUAACGAAAUCGAAAUUCUGAGAAAACAAAAUGAUGGAGCUGAAAACGAGCAGCCGGAUUCAGUUGGUCAACUUAUGCAAAAUGGGGAUGCUAAUAUUGAUACUGCCUUGAUUAUGUUUGCCGAACAGCUUUCCCGAAAAGACGUUGAAAUCAACAUGCACCGGAGCCGGCGAAACGAGCUAGAAUCGCGCAUCCGCGGUCUCCAAGAAAAACUCGCCGAGUCCCAAGAAGAAGUUCAUUCUUUCAAAGAAAAGAUUCAAGCCCAAGAGCGUGACGACCAGGGUUCGCAAAUUCUAUCCCCGAUUCCGGACAUAAAAGAAAUCAACGAAGAAGACGACGAUGAGGAAGACAGCCCUAGCCACAUGGACUUGUCUUCCAUCGUCGCGGAAUUGAAGAAACUGGAAGAAUUCAGCAUCCAAUUCCAGGUCAAAAACGUCGGCAUGAAUUUUGAGUGGGGCUUUUUCACGUUUACGCAACGCGAUGCUCUGAUUAUUUCUUCGACAAUGCGAAAAUGUCCACAGCUGAAAGUGCUUCGUCUGACGGAAUCGCCACUGGACGAUGGAAACGCUCGGAUCAUCGUAAAAUCUCUUCUCAAACACCCGAACCUUCGCGUUUUGGACUUGCGAAGAAAUCAUCUCAGAUUCUCGGCUGCGAGGUCGAUCGGAAAGCUUGUAUCGACGGUGAAUACGCUCGAAGAGCUCAUCCUCGAAGACAAUAAGAUCGGAGACGAAGGCGCUGGGGCAAUUGCUAAAACAGCCAAAAAAGACAAUCUCAAGCGAAUGAUUUGCUGCAAAAUUGUUGUUGGCUUCAUUGCAGCUCUCGUUAUUUUAGCAGUUGGAUUUGCUGGUUUCAUGGCUGGCUACCGCGUCGGUGCUGAUUUGGACGUCGAUGGAGUUGACGACGAUGCUGCCUACAGAGACGUAUUCGAUCCGUUCGACCCCGACAACGAAUUCAUCACAAGCAGAGAAGGGCAACAGAAUCUCGGAUAG